AUGAUCUCGAAUGAAAAAUCCAAAUUGCUAAUUUCUGGUUCUUACCUCUUAAAAGCAAAUACACCUGAUUCUGAUUUUGAUUGUUUAGUUGUUGUGCCAAAUAAUGGAAACAUUAAUAAUUAUUUUUAUGGAAAUUCUGAAUGUAAUUUAAAAGAAAAAAAUUGUUUUGAUAGAUCUCUUUUUUGUAUUUUUUGUUUGCAUUCGAAAACCAAUUCUAUUGCAAAAAUUUCUGGAAGAGUUCCUUUAAUUAAAAUAAAUUUUAUGGAAGCAGAAUUUGAUUUAUUACUUGUUUCCCUCCCAAAAAACAGUUUUAAUAAAUUAUUUGCCUUAAAUGAACCUAAAAUUGAAAAGGUUGAUGAGGCUAUAGCUACAUAUAUUUUGGAAAGGAUUGGGGGAAUUGAAGCCAAAAAUAAUGGGCAAUUAUGGCCUUUAUCUGGAUAUCGUGCAAAUUUACGUUUAUAUGAAUUGACAGUUAAUAGUAGGAAAACAUAUACAAUGUUGCUCCAAACAAUUAAAUAUUGGACUAAAAGUAAUUUGUUUUUUAGUAAAGUCAAAGUCAGUGUAGCAGCACCCCGUCCCCCGAUCCUUUACGCCCACCCCUGUGCGAGCAAAAUGUGCGGGCAAAUGGCAAAAACAACGACCCGAACCCCGAAGGCUCUACCCCGGCAAAACCCGAAACUCGACACUCCCGCCCUCGAAGGCUUGGAUUGCUACUUUAUUUUUAUCUAA